AUGUUCACUGGCAUCCUGUAAGUCGCCUCAUGAAGCAAAGUGGGUACAUGUGAAGGUAGCGACUCUGGAAACAUGAAUUCAAGCAACACCAGCUGUUCAGAGCGAACAGAGUUCAAUCUGGUCCAAGUGAGUGGAACGUGGACUCGUCACACUGGACAGUGCCAAGACAAGGAGGGAAAACUUUCAGAUGCUAAAAUCUACGAGAACAAAUCUGACCAAGGAGUUUCCUGGACGGUGGUGAGCCCCAUUGUUUUCACCUACAGAGUCAUUCAGUGUAAAGAUCUACUGGAUCCCAGGAAUGACACUUUGCUCUGGGGACACAUAGAAGACGAAGAACUUAAAGGCACCACGAGCAACUCCAAACCUGUGAAACGCUUUAUUGUCAUUGAUAAAACUGUACAUGAAUUGUACGGCUCUAAGGUUUCUCAAUACUUUGAUGCCAAAGGAGUCAUUUACAAGAUCCUUCCUCUGCCCACCACUGAGGAGAGUAAGAACAUGGAGUUAGUGACCAAGAUCCUGGAGGAAGUUCACCAGUUUGGGAUUGACAGACGUUCGGAGCCAAUCAUCGCGCUCGGAGGAGGAGUCUGUUUGGACGUGGUUGGUCUCGCAGCGUCACUUUACCGACGAAGGACGCCGUAUAUUAGGGUGCCGACGACUCUGCUGUCGUACAUUGAUGCCAGUGUAGGGGCAAAAACAGGGGUCAACUUUGGUGGGGGGAAAAACAAGCUGGGAAGCUACGUUCCACCAGUGGCGACAUUUUUAGACAGCUCAUUCUUCCAAACUCUGCCUCUACGGCAGAUCUCCAACGGACUUGCAGAGAUGCUAAAGAUGGCCCUGAUGAAGCACCGGGGCCUAUUUGAGCUGCUCGAGGUGAACGGCAGAAAAAUGCUGCAUGCCAAGUUGCAGCCCUCUGAGACCUGCGGUGGCUCUGAACAGGAAGACGGUGCUGCAGCAUCCAUGCGCAUUGCCAUAGAAACAAUGCUGGAGGAACUGGCUCCAAAUUUGUGGGAGGAUGAUCUGGAUCGGCUGGUGGAUUUUGGGCACAUUAUCAGCCCUGAGCUAGAAAUGAGGGUUUUGCCAGCGCUGCUUCAUGGGGAGGCAGUCAGCAUUGAUAUGUCCUUCAUGGUGUAUGUGGCUCAUCAAAAGGGGCUUCUGACAACGCAGGAGAAGAGCCGCAUAAUUCAGUGUUUGCUGGGUCUGGAGCUACCUGUGUGGCACCAGGAAUGCUCCUUGGUCCUGGUGCAGAAAUCUUUCAGGGAGCGUCUGAGGCACUCAGCUGGCUCCCUGAGGAUGCCUCUACCAACAGGGCUUGGAAGAGCAGAAAUCUUCCAUGACAUGAUAGAAGACAAUGUCAUAUAUCAAGCCUUUCAGAAGUGGACUGAAGAACUUUCUACCUUUGGUAGUAACCAGAUAAACUAUUAUUAAAAAAACAAACAAAAUCAGCAGUGCUAACUGUAAUAUCAUAUUCUGAGUCUUUACAUGUUCAAAACAUGGUCCAUAAAAAAAUUGGGACAUGAUGGUAACAUCAUGGUUAGUCUAGGAAUAGAUUUUAUUGAUACUUGAGUUGAAAUGCACUCAUAAGGUUUGAAAAUACAUCUCCACAGAAUAUGCUUAAAGAUCUAUAACUUUAUUCCAAGUGAUUUUUAACAAAGUUUGUACAGCAUCCAUGUUUACAGAUUAUAAAUGUAAUAGCUUAGGAAUAGUAUAAUUUAGCAUAUUUAGCAACCGUGAAAAUCUCCGCAAGGAGCAACAUUUUUUAAUUUAAAUUAUUAGAUAGCAAUAUUUUUAAAAUCGCAGAGAAAACACCCAGUCAAAAAGUUCAAAUAAAUCUUUUAAUAUUUCUAACAGAGUAGUUUAACAUCGAGUACCAAUGAGCGUGAGUUAACAAAUCAGUGGGCGCAGUAAGUAUUGCAACACUUGUCUCUUAAUAACUGUGACAAUGAAAACAGUAGUAGUACACUUUAUGAACCACAGGAAUAAACUUGUUCAGACACUCAAGUACCGAGAUAAAAUGGUUCUUCCUUAGUGGAUUUAAAACACACCACAAUAUAUCGAAGUGCAACACGCAACCUUUAAACCGAGAGCUACUUGCUCUUGAUUGAAAGGUUGUGUAUUAUUCUUAUUACCCUAAAUCUUACAAUCAUAAGGGUCCAUCUGCAGUGACUCAAUGGUCACAUACAAGCUUUUUACUGGCUUUCAAUGAGUUGGUACAGAGUGUACUCAGUAGAUUGUAACACUGUGUGACGCAUGGUAAAAUGCGACAAAAUAUUAAAAAAAAAAUAAAAUAAAGUUACUCUUGGAACCAUGUCUUUCAUACUGCUUAAUAAACAAUUUUCACCAAAACUAUAUUUUACAGACUAGCACUACAGCUCUUGUUUCUGGUAAAAGGUUAUGAAAGACACCAUCAGCAGCUCAAAACCUUUAGUUUGUAUAAAUAUACUGCAUCUUUCAUUGUUGGCACAAUUGCUCAACUACAUUCAUGCUAUAGUCAGAAAGAUUUUAAAUGCUCGGUGUUAUUCUAAGAACACACAGCACAACAGCAAUAUCUGAAGUUUAAAAGUGUUCA